AUGGAAUUUCUGGGAACUACACAUCUAGCCAGCUACUGUGGUACAAAGAAGAGCUGCCUGUUCCCGGAUAUAGCUCCCAUCAGCACAACCCAGGACACCUAUCGUGCCUACCCACCACCACGCUACCUCAGCCCCAGGAGACCUACAACACCUCACAAAGUGGUUUUGGUCCCUCCCUGCCCUGACAAUCAAUUUGUUGCCUGGCCGCCCACUGUCCUGCCUCCACUACGCUCUGCUCUGCAUGCCCGCUAUAGCACUCAUGACUGGCACCAAGCAAACAUGGUUCAGUUGAAAGGCUCUGAAGCCUCCAGGUGCAGUGCUGGUAGACUGAACACUGAUUCAAGGAGAAUGAUGCAAGAUAAGGAUCAACUGACUUACCAGAUGCAAGAAGACAGCAGAAGAGACCUGGGAGAAAGGAUCUGUGACAUUGAUUUCUGGAGAUCUGAGCUCACCUAUGAGCUAGAGUGUCUGCUGAAAGAGAUCCACGACUUGGAAACAGCAAAGAAGCGGCUUGAAUGUGCUGCAGAUGAAAUGCAAGGACCACUGAAGAUAACCCUUGAAUGCUUGUAUGAGCGUGAGAAGCGGGAGGAAAUAGAUUUAGUUCACGAUGAUGUGGAAAAGAACCUCAUAAAGGAAGCUGAUGCAUUCAAGGACUGUCAAGAAAUCCUUAAAAGAACUGCAGAGAGAAUAAGCCAGCAGCUGGACACCAACAGAUGUGUACAGCAUGCCCUGGAGAAGGAUCUUUCUGACAAAAACUCAUCCCAUUUUAUUGAUGACAAGUGCUUUAACCUAAGGAACACAUCAGACAACAUCAGCUUUUACCAUGGAGUGGAAAAAGCAGAUGGAAUGGCUUCAGUUCCUGCAACAUGGGCUAAGUUCAGUGAAGACAAUAUCAGGUGCUCUCAGAAGGCAAGGGCCAGCUCUGUGAGGCUGCGACAGGACGCAGAGGCUGUGCUGGAGGGCACUUCUGAGAGCGUGUGGAAUCAUUUUGUCCACACCAACUUGGCCUUUAGUAACCGUAUUGCUGAAGUGGCUGAAGUGAAGAACAAGCUCCAAGUACAAAUGGCCAAGAUACUUCAGGAAAUCUUCCAGACAGAAGAUACAAUCAUGUUACUGGAGAGAUCCAUAAAGGCAAAGGAGUACCCACUGAAAGUGGCACAGACCCGCCUGGAGAGAAGAACUAAACGACCCAAUAUAGAACUUUGCCAUGAUGCACCUCAUUAUCAGCUCGUCACUGAAGUUUGCAAUUUAGAUCAUACCUUACAGUCCUUAAAGCAACGUCUGCGAGAAGCUCAUGAUACUCUGCAGACGCUGUCCCUCGACAAAUCAAAGCUGGAACACCAAAUCUCCGUGAAGACAAACUCCUUCUUCAUUGACAAGAAGUGUAUGGACAUGCGCAAAUUCUUCCCCAGCACCCCACGGCUCAUGGGCUACACUUGAAGAGUAACCUUUGACGUCUUGGCACGUGAUAGAAAAGUUGAAAAGGCUGCAAAUAUUUUCUGAAGAAACAUUUCCCCAAAAAUAACAAAGUCCUAAAAAAAUAAACUAAUGAAAAUUA